AUGAGGAGGCUGAAAGCUGCCAUUCACCAUUCUGUUGGAAAAAUCUGUGAAGAAAUUGCUGAGUUAGAAAAUGUUCAGUUUAGCCGCACAGUGAUAGCUGCCCUUUCAGAAUUGACUUGUCAACAACUUCAAAUUAUUGGGAGAGAUUUGGAGUGCUUCAGCAGGCAUGCAAAGAGAACAAGUGUGAACUGUGAUGACAUAAAGCUCUUGGCUCGAAGGAACCCUGUGUUGCUGCAGCAUUUGCAAGAAGUGAGUGAGCAAUUAACUGGAGGUGCAAAUCCUCGGGCUCGGAAGACAAAAAAAAAGAAAGCAACUGAAACUGAAGAAAAGGAACAAGAGGUGGUGGAUGUUGAAUGAUGGCACAAGGCAAGGGACCAGUUGAUCUGGAUAUUGGGGAAGUGGAAGCUGAACAAAUCAAGCAAUUUCGGGACUUUCUUUUCAAUUACAACCGAGUAUCAGAGAUGUGUUUCAUGGACUGUGUCCAUGAUUUCACGUCACGUCAAGUACGUGAAAAAGAGGACACAUGUGCUAUGAACUGUGUUGAGAAGUAUCUCAAGGUGAACCAGAGGGUGUCCCAGAGAUUUCAGGAAUUCCAGAUUAUUGCAAAUGAAAAUGCAAUGGCUGCUGCUCAAAAAGGACCUAGCCUUCUCAGGUGAUGGGCAAUAGCAAUGUCCCUGUAGUUUCUGCUACUGCCCUAAGCUUAUGUGUCUGAGUUUGUGAUUAUAGUCUUUGAAAUGCAGAAUGAUUGUCUACAUUUCUGUGGCUUCAUGACUUAGUUAAAGGCAUGGAUAGCUUAUGCCUGGUAUAAAUUCAAUCAAUGGG